AUGGCACCAAGACCAGGUGGUGGUGAUGGAGGAGAGAGAGUGACACAUGGGAGUAUUGCCGGUAGUAUUAACGGCGACUGCAGCGGAGAGCAGACCCCACCCGAGAAGGAGGUUUUAACUUCAGCCAAGCCCAACUCCCGACCUUCCUCCAACCUUCGCUCCUCAGUCUACCGGCCGGACCACGAUUCCUCCAUCCUCAUUCAUCGCCACCCGGACAAGGGGUUCACUGAGCUGGUCCUUCGUUCUCCGGGCACUCCUGUACAGAAUUCCUUCACUGUUAAGCUUAUUUAUGCCUCCCAACCCUGCGUUUCCCGUGUGCUUUCUGGCAUCAAAACAACCAUUUCCACACCCGAAGGUCCCAACCUCAAAGGCUUCAUUGAGAAGGAUGAAAUUUAA